AUGAUUUAUGAUAUAUUUGUUAGUCUAGGAUUAGGUAUCCUCACAUAUAUAGCUUAUUUUUACUUCAAGUAUUUCACUCGUUCAAACCCAAUUCCAGGUCCAAUUCCACUUCCAUUUAUCGGGAACCAAUUUCAACUUAGUGAAGACAUAUCAUUAUUUUGUAGAGAAUGUCAAAAGAAUUAUGGUGAUAUUUGGGAAUUUUAUGUUGGACAUCCAAGUGAUAAGACGAGAGGAAUUGGAAUAGAGAUGGAAGGUUAUUGGAAGAAACUUUAUGGAGAUGAACAUAAUGAAUUGGAUUUAUCCGAGUGGUUAAGUCGACUUUAUACUGAUAACAUCUUUCAUAUCACGGCAAAUAAAAAGGUUUAUGCUAUUAUGGAACGAAUUUCUAAUGAAACCCUUACCGAACCGUUAACCGAUGAAGCUAUAAUUGGUAACUUUAUGGAAACGACCGCUGGAGGUAUUGAUUCCAUUACUUCCUCAACAUGCUUUAUCAGUUAUUUUAUGGCCAAAUACCCUGAAGUGAAGAAGCGUGUUUUUGAAGAAAUCGAUUCAAAAUUUACACGUGAUCAAAAAUUGACUUGUGAAGAACUAAACCAACUUCCUUAUUGUGAUGCGGUGAUUCGAGAAAUUUCUCGAAUGCAUCCAAUCGCAGAACUUAAUUAUCGUGUGAAUGCCCAGGAAGAAAUUUUAAAUGGUUACGUAAUUCCUGCCGAAACUCAAAUUUAUAUACAUCAAUAUGGUAUAAAUAUGCAUAAAGCUCAUUGGACGAAUCCCGAAGAAUUUAAUCCUGAUCGAUUUUUGAAUAAUCGAGAAAAUUCUUUGAAUCUUACAUUUGGAGGCGGUAUAAGAAUGUGUCCGGGACGAAAUUUAGCAAUGAUGGAAUUGAAAGCGUAUAUGGUAUUGAUGUACCGAAAAUAUGAUUUUGAAUUGGUUGAUAAGAAUGCACCUUUGAAAACUCACUAUUCUAUUAUUAGAGCUUGUGAUGAAUUGAAAGUUAGGGUUAAGCCCAGAGUAUUCUAA